AUGAUCCAGACCAAAGCGGUGCCCAAGCACCCGCCCACAACCGGUGGCCUGCCUUCCAAUCCCCCGGCUGCUGCUGCGAUCCCGCCGGCCUCGGCAGACACCCGCCCGGCGGAUUCGGGUCAGCAAGCUUCCGGCUCCGGUCAGCCAGCGUCCGGCUCUGAGCCGCGUCCGGCCGAGUGGAUGGCUCCGCCGUAUGACCCGGCUCGAGAGCGCGCCUUGCGCCAAGUCAUGCUGGAGUUCCUUUCCGAAGCAGAUGAUGACUUGGUCUACUCCGGGCUGGCCGAUCUCCCGCUGAGCCAGGCAUCCCGGUUGCUGGUGCUUCUCUCCGAGGUGUGCCAGGACAACUUUUAUGCCCUGGCCAACCUAGGGCAGUACGACGUCGAGGCGCCGAUCUCCGUAUUGGCCGCUCAGUCUACCCGGCCCGGUGCAGAGGCCAUCCGGGAGAACCUGGCCCGCCCCCAGCCCAGCUUCCCGCCAAUCCGCAUUGCCCGGACCGACACUCGCGAUAUUGCUCUGGAUGUGCCUCUGGUGCACUGUGACCGGAACCGGCCCUCGGUGACGCCCCAGUUCGAUCCGGAUGCUCCGUUGACCCCGAGGCGCAUCAACACCGGCAACACCGAAAUCCUCGUGGCCGCGGCCUGGCGUGCUUUCACAGGUUCCCCAGGUUCGGACCUUUUCGCAUCGGAUGGGACUGAGGCCGGGUUCCAGCUGGUCGCGGGUGUUUCAUCAAAAUCUCCUGGAUUUGUGUCUGGUGUGCCUGACCUGGCCCUUCCCGGCCUGGCUUCCUUGGUCGUCCCGCCCUUGGCUUGCCCUCCUGACAGCCUGCGUCUGCCUGGCUGGUGCCCGCGCCCUAGGCCGGUGCCCAAGCCCUGCUCGCCUCCUUCGGCCUCGCCUGGACUUCUUCUCUGCCCUCGGGUUCCUGCCCGUCGCGCUCCUGUGUUCCCUCGUGGGCCGUCCGUCUUCUCUCCACCCGUACCACGUCUCCUGCCCUUGGGGCGUCGUGUGUCUGUUGGGUCUAGCUCCAAAUCGCCGUUGUUGCCCGACGCUGGCGGUGACACCCCGGCCCCAUCUGGCAACUACAUCCUCGGGUCUCUUCCCCUUGCCUCGGCCUCGGACUCUGGGUCUUCCAUGGCCGCCGCUGCCGAGGCCGCCCUCGUGACUUUGAGGGCCGCUUUUUGCGAUGCCGUGCAGGACCUCGGUGAUGAUUGCACACUUUGGCUUCACACGAAACUGGUGCCGUCCCCCCGUGAGCUCCAAACCCGGGCGGUCGCGAAGUUUGCCCCAUCUACCCUCACUGUUUAUCUGCGUCUCUGGAGUGCCUGGGUCCUGCACUGUCGCCGCUUCGGUUUCAGUUGUUCCGACCCGGCUCCCGGGACCGUUCCUGAUUGGCUUCACCGGAACGCCGCCCCCUCCGGACUUGCGACUUCGGCCUUUAAGUCACUUAGCUGGAUGUCGCGCAUUGCUGGCUUGCCUUCACUUGCGGCGCAAUUGCAAACUCCGUUGUGCACUGCGUUCCUCACCGCUACCAUCCCCAUUGAACGACGAGAAUCCCUGCCGUUCUCCGUCUCUUUUGUUGCUUGGCUGGAACGUCGAGUUAUGUGUCCGGACACUCCGGCCCGGGAUGCCCUGGUGAUGGGAUCCGUGCUCUGCUUGAUCUGGUCCAGUUUGCGCUGGAACGACGGGCUCUGGUCUCCGCCCGGCCGUUUGGUGCUUCAGUACGACUCUUCCGCCGUGACCGGCCUGGCCACUCGCACGAAAAGUUGCCGUGCCUCCAUGCCUUGGGGCUGUCAACUGUUCGGCCUCACUGGGGGCCCCUCUGCCUGCUGGGGCCUGUCGUGGCUCAAUCUGGUGAAUCGUGCCCUGGCGGACACCCGACUCCGUUUCCCCGGCCGGUCCGUGGAUUUUCUGUUGCCCUUGCUUGCUCCGGAUACCGAAUCCUUGGUCAUGGUUUCUCCUUUGCACCGGUCGCGGGCCAUGCCCUGGCUCCGGGCAUUGUUGGACGAACAUUGGCGAGAACACAGUUCCGGGCCGCCCCCUCCGGAACAUGCCCGCUUUGGGGUGCACUCGUGCAAAGCCACCGUCCUCAGCUGGGCCCGGCAGUCUCACUUGAGUCCGGAGCUUCGCCGCCUUCAGGGCCAUCACCGGCCGUCCGCUAUGGAGGGAUCCGUCCGCGUCUAUAGCAGGGACGACGUUGGCCCCAUGUUAUUGCUCCAAUCCGAAGUUAUCAACCGCAUCCGGUCGGGAUUCCGCCCUUUGCAGCCUCGUGGUGCGUCCCGCCCGCUUCCUGACUUCCGGGUCUCCUUGCCCCCUCCGGACCGCCAUAUGGCAGGCGAGGCCCCUAAAGAUGUUCCUCCUCGUUCUCGCUCUCCGGUUCCUCAUGCCAAGUCCAGUGCCGCGGCUCCGGUGGAUGAUGUUCCGGAACUCUCGGCUGACAGUUCCGACUCUGAUGUGUCAACCGCGUCCGCCAGUGACGUUGACACCUCAGUGCCUGCAAAACCGAAGCUGGCCGUCCGGCCCAAGCGCCCGGCGGCCCACACAUCGGAUGACCUUCGGGCCUUCCUGGUAAAUCCGCGCAGCAACAUUGUUCACAAAGCGGUAGAGGUUCUUCUAGUCCGGGUUCCGGCCACCAACCACAUGGCUGCCGACUACCCCGCCACGAGUUACACGGCCUCUUCCCAGCAAGCGCCUGCUCCGGACGUUUGGCACACUUUCAGGGCGGCCCGUGGCCAUGACGGCGCAGUCCUGCUGCCUUCCGUCCCGGAACUGGUGGACCUGGAAGAGCUUAGCGAUGAGGACCUGCUGGCUAUGCUCCGCCGGUGCUCGGCUGGCUUCUUGGCACGCCUGGCCCGCCUCAUCGGCAGGAUCCUCCGCCCGGUGCCGCAAGUGGUGACCUGCCAUCUCCCUUGCGUGAAUCCGGAAUGCAACCAGGUGUGUGGCCGGGUCAUCGACGCUGUCACUGGACUUUGGAUUUCCCCGGCCUUGGUCCCCAUGACCUCUGCCCCCCCUUCCUUUGACGACCCCGCUGCGCUCGUCGCUCUGCUUAAGCAGUGGCACGCUCCUGAUGCGCUGCUGGACGCGCUGACGCUUAAAGGUUUCAAGUCCCUGGCCAGCAUUGCGUAUGCCAUCCCAAAGGAUGGGUCCCCGGAUGACUUUGUCCGGAAACUCUGGCCGCCGGCGGAUGGAUCUUCCGAAGCCAUUGUCUCUCCUGCUGCUGCUUUUGCACGUCGCCUGGUCGUGCAAACCCAAGCGGUUGCCCACCCUCCUGCAUCCCCGGCACCCAUCCCUGGCCCCAGCCUUCCUUCGGCUCCUGCGGCCAAAGUCUCUGCCGCCGCAGCUGAGACCAUGCGAGAAAAGUUCAUCACCGAUUACCCGGGGGAACUCCUGUCCCCGGCUAAUACUCCCAGCAUCGAAUUUCUGAACCGUCUCCGGUCCGAACUUGAUGCCCCAACGUCGCUCUGGAUUCCGUGGCGCUUGAGGACAUCUGAGUCGGAUCUGCAGCAUUUCUACGAAUCCCGCCGGCCCCGUUCGGAUGCACAGCUGUUGCGGGGCUUGCUUGAGGGUGUUCCGGACCCUGUGGUGGCCCAAUCCUCCGCUCCCACCUCCGGCCCGGCCGAACCUACGUUGCGCCGCCAUCUGGGCCUCUUGAUUACAGCUCUUGCCUUCCUGGGUGACCUUCACCUCCGUGCCGGGAAAAUGCUUCUUGAAGCAUUUGUGGCCGCUGCCGUGGAGCAGCCCAUCGACACUACCCUCCGUCCUCCAUCUAUGCAGGAGGUCAUUGCUGCCGAACGCACCGUGUGGUCUAACGUUGCCACCCUGAUGCGCGAUGAGAAGUGGAGCCUCCCGGACUCGGUCACCGAGAUUACUGUUACGCGGCAUAUGCUCCCGAACAUUCUUGUGGCCCGGCCGCGCAGCAUUCCGGCCACCGGGAAGAAGCCCAUUUCCGAGCUAUGGGACGAUUCAUGGCACUCCGUCGAUGAGUCCGGAAAAGAGAUAUGUAUUGCCAUCUUAGAAAACCCGGCCUCCAGCUUACUCUGGCUUGUCCCGGGCUGCCGAUCCUGGAUCCGCCACCACUGCAUGCAUUCGGUUGAAGUUGCCGCUUGCAGCCACGCCUUGGACUACCGCAAAAGCUGGCUUUUUGUGUCCAACUUUUCGGAUCUGAGCUCUCUCGCGUCUGUGUGCCAACAUCCUCCCGGCUCUCAUGCGAUGACGUCCGGACGCCGGACUGCCUCCGGUGCUUUCCUCACACGGGAUACCGCCUGUUAUCCCUCGUCACUGUGCUCUGCGCUUGCUGACCUUUUCAAGCCGUUGCUCUCGUCACACACCGGCGAGAUCCCUUUUCGUUCCUGGCAUUCGCUUCUUCCUGCUACACUUUUCUGGCCCAUUCCGGCGAAUCGUGUGGAAGAUGGUGCCGGCACUUGUUCAUCUGCCUCUUGGUCUGUUCCCAGAGGUGCUGAUUGCUUCGGCUCCCUCCGGAAAGCCUGGUGUGCCCGCAUUCUUUCAGGGGACUUCCUGUCCAAGUUCCAGGCCAAGUUGUCCUCCGGAUCCAAGGCCCCUCCGCUGUCGGACCCAGAAUUGGCCCCGUUCCUCGAGGACCUUCGAUCCUUCCUUCGGCUGUCCGCCCCGGACUUUAACACGCUUUUGUCCAUCCCGCCGGGACAACCUUUCCGCCUCUUUCUAUUGGAAGCGCUGUUGUCUGUUUUCAAAGAUCCGGACACCUCCUUUGUGGACUUGCUCACUGAGGGCGUCCCCCUGGGCGUUGAUUCCGAGAUGCCUUCCUGUCCGACCCUAUUUCCCCCGGCCGGACAGUCCGCUCCCACUAUGGACUUGACACAUUGCUCCUCUUCUUGGGGCUCCGCUUUGUCGGAUCAAGCAUCCGUGGAUAGCCUUCUCUCCGAAGACAUUUCAGAAGGGUGGGUGCGUGAAGUUCCCGGUGGACUGGACGAGCUUACAGCCCGUUACCAGCAGACUGCUGUUGGGAAGCUGGGCUUGGUCAAAUCCCCCGGCCGGCCGGAUCGACUGGUCGUCGAUAGCAGUGUUUCCGGUGUGACCGAACACACCUCACUUCCCAACAAGUCCGCAAAUCCGUCCAUCUCCGGUCUUCGCCAGUGCCUUCCGCCGGAGCACGCCAUAGAAUGGCUCAUCGCGUUAAUUUUGGACGUCAGCAAAGCCCACCGCCGGAUCAAAAUCCGUGACUCCGACCGUGGCCUUUUGUGUUUCUUUCACCGGAACCGGCUGUACCAAUGCUUAACGCUUAACUUUGGCGCACGCGCCUCCGGCUUCUACUGGUCCCGGAUGGCCGGCUUGCUGACCCGUCUACUUCACCGCCUGGUCUUUGUCAAGCAUUGCCUGCUGAUAUAUGUUGACGAUUUGAUUGCUCUGCUUUCCGGCCCGUCCGGCCCGGUGUGGGCAGCACUGAUGUGCAUCAUGUUGCUCAUUCUCCGCGUUCCGAUGAGCUGGCAUAAGGCCUACUUGGGCCCCCGGCCGACGUGGAUUGGCUGGUCUAUCUGCCUCCACUCCCUUUCUGCCACCAUGGAAGCUCCUAAGCUUGACCGGCUGCGGGACCUCCUGGCCAAAAUCCGGGGGUCAGAUUCUGUCCCGCUCCAUCUUCUCCGCAAGCUCACCGGCAAGCUCCUGUGGGUCUGCUCCCUGUUUCGGCCUUUCCGUCCCAGUUUGGCUCCCCUGUAUUCCGACCAGGGCAAGCCUCCUGUCGUACAUGUUGCUCUGAGUCCGGCGAAAUGGGCUUCGUUCCGCUCCAAGCUUGACUCACACCUUGUUCUGCAGUCUGACGUGGGUCUCGCAUCCUGUCCGAAGUUAUGCACACUGAUUUCGGUAUCGGGUCGUGAGGUAUCCUCACUUUCCCAGGUCCCGGUGUCCUUUCCUGGCGAACGCCGCACCUGGAUUUCCGUGCGUAUGCCACCUGAAUCCGACCGGAAGCUUUCCAAGGAAUCCUUGGCGGUGCUGGACAUGUGGCACGCUUGCCUCGCCGAUGCUGCCCCUACGUUCCCGCUGCCCCUGGCUCGUGAAUUCCCCUGCCAGGCUUUCGCGGACGCCUGCGCCGAUGCACAGCAUGCCGGCAUCGGUGGUUUCGUCACGCUUCCUUCCGGCAAGACUGCCUGGUUUCAACACCGGUUUUCCGCUUCGGAGCUCGCUGCCUUAUUCCCCUGGACUAGCCUCUGCACAUGUGGCUGCGAUUAUUCGAUGUCCCUGAAUGUAUCUGUGAACCUGGCGGUGAUCGGCUUGGUCACAACAGUGAAAAGUGCCUUCCUGGCAUUCCGUUGCUUGAAGGGUUUGCGCAGGUCGCAGUGGGCGAACCUGCUCUCCGUCACCUUCCCGGUACCCCUUACCGUCUACACCGUGGACUGGCAGCAGCCAGAUGGCCAUCCCAUCCGCUUUCGCACCAAGGAAAUACCGGUUCAGGGAGAGGUGGCCUUUGAUCCCUUCGCCAUGAUGGACGAGCAGCCGGACAGCGCCUACACGACGGUGCACUUGAGACCGGAGCGUGUGCAUCGCUUCGAGAAGUCAGAGCACGGCGAGCUUCGCGUGCUGCAGCCCUCCAGGCGAUUGGAGAUGCCAGGAAUGCCCGUGCCAUCGAAGUUGGAGCCGGCACAGUUCAAAGCUGUGAUUGAGGCAGAAUACAUUGGCUGCUGCGGCUUUCCGUGGCCUACGGGUGGUAAGAAGUUUGUCUACGAUGAGGAUUUCCUUGAGGCGCUGGAGCGUGGCACCCCCCUCCCACAUGGAGACGGGCUCAAUCCUGCGAAAGACCUGGCUGAGGAGGAGGAAUCCGAUAUGGACGAGUCUACAACUGCCGACGGUGCAGUCGAAUUCGCCGGCAUUCCAAUAGCGUGCCAAGUGCGAGAUUGCGGAAGGCCAUCUGGCACCUGGCUGCCCUUUGCCGCGGCUCCCGUGCUACAGCCGCGGGAGGACACCCCGCUCAGUGGCGACGACCGAGAAGCUUCUCUGAGGCGGCUCUGA